UUACAAUUUGUACAAUAUCUUUUCUGCUUUUUAGCACAUUAAUGGUUACAUCGUCGAGCUAGUAAUGUCUAGUUGUUUUAUUUUGAAGGAUGAAGUACUUGAGUUCCGGUGUAAUUGUAGCAUGUUUGUGGAUUUAACGCUUCCUUCUCAGAACUUCAUGAGGUUUUUACCUACAUGUUCAGAUUGUUUAAACAGUCCCGUGUUGAUGCUGAAGAGAUUGAUGGCUGCCUGUGUGCUGUGUCGACGGGUGCCCAGGCUAUGCUACCUCCCAGGCUUGAGAAAGGACUCUACCCAGGCUCAGCAUGUGCCUGUCAAACAAAAAGAUGAGACUGAUGAUCAUGAGGGGAAGAAAGGAGUAUUGCAACACCAGGAUGCCUCUUCUCAAGGAGGAUACAGGCUGUAUUACAACCCGUCCUCAUAUCAUCACUCUGUGUGGAACUCUGGAACCUCCCAGAGCCAAACAGAUAAUGAUGAAGAUGAACAGUGUCUCUCCACUCUCGCACCUUCCUUCUGGCAACAGAGCAAUCGCUACAGUGUGAGUUGCUCGCGGCACCUCUCCAGCUCAAAAAACACACUUCUUGACUUAGCUUUCAACAAAGGCCCUGAACCCGAGAUGCCAUCAGUUUCACCGUACUACAGAAAACCCACACUGCCAGAUGUUAAGGUAGAUACACGUGCCUUCCUCAAAUGCCGGCCAGGGUAUGCCUCCAUAACCCUUGACCUCACCCAGCGGCCUCGCCCAAUCGAAUGGGAAGAGGCCUUGCCCCUGCUCCAAAAAGUGACUAUUUUAAAAGGCAGCAUGAAACCAUCUGAUGUGUCUCAGUUUCUUGUGGAGCUCAGCCGCUUACACCCUGAUAAGAUGUCAUUAGUGAGGAGUGACCAACGCUUCAUCAUGCUCCUCCGGUAUUCUGUGGAACACCUUCGCCUCUUUAAUGAUCUUCAGCUGCUGGAGGUGCUGCAGUCCUUUGUGUGGCUGGACAUGCCCUGUGCCCACACUGUUCUCGGGCUGUAUGAGGCCGAGCUGAGCCGCCGGGCCAACCAGAUGAGUUUAGACCAGUUGCUGUUAGCUGCUGACUUGUGGCGUUGUAUUGGGAGGCAGGUCCCCCAGUUCUUACAGCACCUUUAUGAUUCAGUCCGUCUGCACCUGGGACAAAUGGGGGUCCCUGAGCUGGUGCAACUAUUGUAUAUAAUGGGAGAAGGUAGGCGGAGCCCAAAAGACUUGAUCCAUCCUGUAGAGCAGCUUCUCAUGCGUCAUUUACAGCAACUGUACCCUGAGGAGGUUGGUGCUGUGUGCUUGGGGCUCUUUAAAUCCCAGACUUCAAUAUCUGAGGGUUCAGUGACUCGCAUUGUUGAUAAGGCACAUUCUUUGGUGGAGGAGAUAAGCGACUUUGCCAUGGUGAAUGUGCUGAAAUUUCUGCGUUUCAGCUACCUGUAUCACAGGGCGUGGCUGCAGGCCAUGGCACAGGAAGUUCCUCGACGGGCCCACAGAAUGGGUGUCAAGGGGCUGAUGCAUGUGGCACUGGCCUGUUCAGCGCUGCAUUACCGUGAUGAUAACAUCCUAAUGGCAAUUGCUGAGAGAGUUCCCUCUUUGGUGCCACACUGUAGGAGCAAAGACUCAUGCAAACUGCUGUGGGCCUUUGGCACAUUAGGGUUUCUCCCAGUCCAGAGCCCAAGCUUCUAUCCGAGCCUCACAGAGGCCCUGAGGAGGAGGAAAGCUGAAUUCCAGCGAUACCCAGAGCAUCUGCUUACUGGUCUUCUUGGCCUGGCCUUUGUCUCUCAGUUCCCAGAGGACCUUAUUGCAUUAGCUUUGAGUCCUGACUUUGUCAAUUUAGCACUGAAAUCCACACAGCUGGAGCUGAAAAAAGACUUGUUCACUUUAGAUGAAGCUGUGGCUCUGGAGUUGCCUCAGUGGAGUGGCCCGAGGCUGAGCUGUGAACUGAGAGAAGAGGUGACAGAAAUGCUGUGGAAGUUUGCUCAAUCAGAUGUGUGUCAGAAGCCAGAGGUUCAGGAGGCAGAAACUGCUCUGCAGGAUCUGCUCGGAGGAGAGAAGUUUGUAUGUAAGAGAAUGAUUCUCCCCCACACUCGCUCCAUUGACCUGGAAGUACAUCUCGACACCACUGGACAGCCGAUACCUGUGAACCCAGCAUCCCACACAUCCACAUUAUCUCCAGAGAACAGUUCAUCUACAUUUCCUUCUCAUCAGGGUUGGGGGAGAAUGAAUGUAGGAGUAACUAUAACUGAGGAACUUUUAGCACAGCUCAUGAAUACCAAAAACACCCCAGAACCUUUAACCCCAUCUCCUACAGUUAAGCGGCCUACAUCUCUUCACAGAGUAGAGCCUGAUGAAGGUGGGAGACUGUUUGACACCGGGCUCGACCUGACCAGUGACAUUAUAGAAACUCUUGUCAAACCCAGUAGCCGAGGCUCAGCUCCUCAGAACUUCAAAGGCACAGUCAAACUUGCUAUCCAAGUUUCCAGCAGGAACCACUAUUGCUACCAUUCACAGCAGUUGUUGGGCCUUCAUGCCAUGAAGAGGAGGCAGUUGAAGUUGGCAGGCUACACGGUUGUGGAGCUUAGCCAUCAGGAGUGGUCUCCUAUGCUGAGGAAAAGCAGGGCUGAGAAGCUAGCACACCUGCACUGCAAAAUCUAUACCAGUCUGCGAUGAUUAUCAAGAGUCCACGCCAUCCCAUACUUUGGCUUCUGGUCAAUCUUUAGUUUGUUAUGAGUAUGUACCAAGCACAGAAAACAGUCUAUUAAGGAGCAACAUAUCUGUUUUUAACCCACCAACCAUUGACCUUUUCUACAUUUGUAGUUCAAAACACAUUUCUUAAGGGUUUUGGUCAAAAUGUGUGACAUUUCAAGAUAUGUUUGUGAAAAUAAUGCAAAUUAAAACAUAUUCAACUCCUCA